AUGAUCAUUCCUUGCAUUGGAGCUUUAAACCUGAACACAUCGAGUCUAAAUAGGAUUGAAGUGGGUCAAUAUGUAAAUAUUGAUAUUACUCCUAAUCCAAUCUUACUUAAUUGUAUUCCUUGUUCAUCAGAUCAGUCUGCAGGCCUUCCUUUUUAUGAUGUUUCUACUUACUAUGAGUGCAGUAGACAACUAUCUGUUGGCAAAGAUGAUUCAAUGUUAUUAGAUCUAGUUAAUAAAAUAUUUAUUCCUAACUCGUCUUUUGUUUUUCCUAUUUCUGGUGAAAAAAAGAAACGAUCAUUUUUACAUAAAUGGCUACUUGAAUAUUCCUGGUUAGCUUACUCACAGAUUGAAGAUGGAGCAUACUGCCUUCCAUGUACACUGUUGGGAAGCAGAAUUCCAAACAAUACCUUAAUAAUCAACUUCAUUCAAAAACCUUUUAAAAUAUGGGGUAAUGCAAUUCGUGCUUACAUGGAUCACAAUAAUCAUUGUCGACUUCAUCAAAUGUCAAUGCAUUGUCUUAACAUGCUGCAAUCUAGAUAUAAUUCAAAAAAAAAUCUGAUUGAGUUUGACAUCGAUAAUCAGAGAAAAAAACUUAUUAUAAGUCAUCGUGAUGACAGUAAGUAUCAUCCAGAGAUUGGAGAAACAUGUAAAAACAACAUUGGUAUAGGUAACUUUGUAGAGCUUUUAAAUUUUCGCAUUGAAGCAGGUGAUAAAGUUCUUGAGCACCAUAUUCGUUCUGCUCCUAAAAAUGCAACCUAUAUAUCUAAAACCACACAAAACGAACUUAUUGAGUGCUGUGGAAAAACAAUCAAAGAAGUUCUAAUUAAUAAAAUUAAAAAGUCAGAUUUUCUACAGUUCAUUGAAUGUAAAUCUGGUACAACUGGUCUUAGUCUUGGGCAAAACAUAGUUUCUGCAAUUGAUGAUCUUGGUCUUGAUAUCCAAAAAUGUAGAGGUCAAGGAUAUGAUGGUGCUGGGGCAAUGUCUGGUAAAUUAAAAGGUAUUUCAUCAAGAAUUAAAUUUAUCAAUUCAAAAGCUAUUUUUGUUCACUGUGCAUGCCAUAAACUUAAUUUAGUUGUAAGUAAAUCAUGCAAUGUUCAGAGUGUUAGAAAUGUUCUUGAUCAAAUCAAAGAUAUAUCAUAUUUUUUUAACUUAUCACCUAAACGUGCCAGCUGUCUUAAUAAAUUCAUUUUUCCUGGUCAAGCAAAAUUAAUCGAUACAUGUCGAACUAGAUGGGUUCAGAAACUUAAAGGUCUGGAUGUUUUUUUUGAAAACUACAUAUCCGUUUUUCAUUCGAUGGAAGAAAUGACAUACAAUGAAAUUUUAACCAAACAAAUAAUGGACUAUUUCUAUGCCAUCACUGUUGUUCUUCAAACUAAAGCAUUUGAUAUAUCACAACAGUCUAAGACUCUUGAUGUUUCAGAAGUUAAACUAAGGCUCUGUGGCAGACAAAUUUAUAGAGAUAAUUAUCCCUCUGUCACAGUUUCAGAUUAUUUCAAAUAUUCCAUCACAUCUCCUCUUCUAGAUCAUUUAAUGAAUGAAUUAGAAGAUAGAUUUGAUAAAGGUGAUAUGGUUGUUUACAAAGGUUUAUCUGAUUUGUGGGAAACAUUUUGGAACAAUCAAUCUGUGAUCCCAUCCACUAUUACAGAAACUUUAAAAUCUAUUGAUAUGAGGGGUUUCCAAAACAUUAGGGAAGGUUUUUUAAUAAUGGGAACAAUUCCAAUUACUACAUGUGAAUGCGAGAGGAGCAUUUCUGUUAUACGCAGACUGAAAACUUAUAUGACAGAGUCAAGAUUUAAUUCUUUAGCUCUGAUGUCUAUUCCUCAAGAAAUAAUUCCUGAUGUAGAAAGAGUUAUGAAUAUUUUUUCUGUUUUAGGGGAACGACGCUUAGAGUUGUUCCUACUCCACCACAGUUGUGAGCUAAAAGCAGAAAAUGAUCGCAGAUAUGAAGUAGAAAUAGAAGAAAAAAGAGAAAACAACCCUUCAACAUCAAAUGAUCCUGAUAUUUUGUUAACAGAUGAUGUGCCACACAGAUUGAGUCAAGCAGAAUUAAGUGACCUUGUUCGAGAUCUGGAGUUGUCAUAG